UGAAAUGUUUUGUUUUAAUUCUUAAUAAUUCUAAAGCGUAAAUGUGGAGUUUUAAGAUUUUCAAUAAAACUGAUAAGCGUUCUGGUGAAGGAGUUUGUCUCCUCCUGGUGGCGAACGUGACAAACUGCAGCCUUCAGCUCCGUCUCCAUAGCAACGGGCUCGCGAGCUUGACUGCCUCUGAUUUUGGCUGAACGACGACCUCAAACUUUACAUCUUAUUUGUUUUUAUUUCAAGUAAAUUAUUCAUUUUAGCCUACAUAGCUUUUUCUGAGUACCAGUAAGUAUUGAGAUUAAUUUCCAAUGACCUUUAGAAAUAUUUUACAAUAUAUAUUGUACCGUUAAAAACACCAAGCUAAUGGCUAAUUGUUUUACCUUUGCUACUUUUUCAUCGCUCUUAUUUUCUAUAACAUGUGAUCCCCAUCUGGGUAAAAUAAGAUUUGACCAUCAAAUGGCUACCAUCAAAAUCUACGGUGGCCAUCAGAAAAUGUGACCUCCCCUUUUUAAUUUGAUUCAAAUGAUUGAACUUCCACCAAGGCUGAAGAAGCCAGUUAAUCACCCUGCUGUGUAUCAGCAGGAAAACACCUAAACAUUGAGGGCCUGGGCCCUGAGGGCCAGGUUCAGGACCCCUGACAUGUAGCUGGAGCAUAAAAUAACUUUUAUACAUCGUUAAUAGUGGUAGAAUUCAUUUGUGGGUUUUGUUUUCUCAAUAAAUAAACCUUUUUCCUGCUGGUUUCUUGGUUUUGGGUGAACAAUGUGACUCGUAGGCCGUCUGGCUGUUUGCAGUGCAUAUAUUAGACAUAUGUACCACUUAGUACCCAAUCACAUUACUCAAUGUAUGACCUUUCUUUAUGUGUGUUAUGAGAUGCCUGGGCAGAUUAUACUCAUGUUGUUUCUGUUUUCAGGAGUUUUCUUGGCCAUCGUGAAAUAAAAGGCGAUGUACCACAUUGUUGUUUUCGAAGACACAAAUGAAGUGGAGGUGACUGCAGCGACGUGGGCUGAGGAUGGAAGCUGCAUGAGGCCGUCAGCAGCUGCAGGGUGGACUCCUGACGGCGUCAGAGCGAUCUUUACAUCCAAUGAUUACCGUGAGGUAAGGUGGGAACUUCCUGAAGCAGUGAAAAGCAGUGACACUGCUACAGAUGAUGAUUCUCCAAUCAAACCCAAACGAAGAAGAAUCUCUGCCCCAUCUCCAUCAAGAUGUCGACCCUCUGCCCCAUCUUCAUCAGGCUCCCUCCAUUCUGCCCCAUCUCCAUCGAGCCAUCGACCCUCUGCCCCAUCUCCAUCGAGCCAUCGGCCCUCUGCCCCAUCUCCAUCGAGCCAUCGACCCUCUGCCCCAUCUCCAUCAGGCCAUCGACCCUCUGCCCCAUCUCCAUCGAGCCAUCGACCCUCUGCCCCAUCUCCAUCAAGACAUCGACUCUCUGCCCCAUCUCCAUUAGGCCAUCGACCCUCUGCCCCAUCUCCAUCAAGCCACAACCCAUUUGCCUCAUCUCCAUCAGGCUCCCUCCAUUCUGCCCCAUCUCCAUCAGGCUCCCUCCGUUCUGCCCCAUCUCCAUCAGACUCCCUCCGUUCUGCCCCAUCUCCAUCAGACUCCCUCCAUUCUGCCCCAUCUCCAUCAGGCUCCCUCCAUUUGCCUCAUCUCCAUCAGGCUCCCUCCGAUCUGCCCCAUCUCCAUCGAGCCCCCACCAUUCUUCCAGUCUUCAUCUUUCUAAAGUUCUCAUUGAUGGCAUCCUUUUAUUUUACAGCACUCCUCAAAAAUAUUUUAAUAAAUCAGGAAUUUAUGAUGAAUCAAAUUAAAAUAAUUCACAAAGAAAUCAAAGGUCUAUAUACUACAUCUAGUGACGAGUUACUACUGAAAUUAUUCCCACUAAACAACCGACAGUCUGUGGAAGACAUGGAGGCUGAACUUCACGAAAACCCUGAACUUCAGGAGCAGCUGAGCACGGCGCUGGCUUUGAGGGGCGGAGGCUCCCUGAGUGAGUGUGUGGGGAGGAUCAUGACAGCGCUCCUCACACACUCACUCAGCAAGCAGAUCAACUGGCGCGGCGUGAACGGGAAGAUGGGCUUCCAACACCUCCAAAUUAAAAAACUGGUGACUGUGGCUGUGCGGCGCAAUCAGCUCACCUCCAUGGAGACUGACAGAGACAUCGACCUCGCCAUCACCAAGUGGCUGCAGAACGCCUCGGACAGGAACGGGGGGAGACAAGAGAGGAGGAAAAGGAGCGUCCAGCAGAGAGGGGGGGACUGCUAGGCUCUGGGCUGGACCUAAAGGAGAAAGGGGGCGUGGCUUAACUCCCGUCUUUGACUUCCUUGUCGUUUCUUGAUGACGCGGUUUAAAACCUACAGAUGAAAUAAAAGCCGAUAUGUUUCUGUA